UUGAGUUAUUCUCAUUAUUCCGUGAACUAAUGGACGUCAUCUUCGUUAAUUUUGAUAAACUUAGUUCAUGGUCAAAUUAAUUAAUUUGUUAUGUGGUCUCGGGUUAUUUAUCAAUAAAACAAACAUGAGAUUUAUUAUCAUAAAUAUCUAUAGGCCAUUAGAACAUUAUUUAAAAGCUUAUUGUUGGAGAUUUAGUCAUGUUACAUUUAAUGUUACCUUUCUUUUUAAUUACCAAAUAAUAAAAAAAAAAAAAUAGCUGUGAAGUUUUGGUAUCAGAUUCUAUAUGUCUGUAAAUAUUUAUCCAUAUAUUAAUUUUUAGUUAAAUUCAGCAUGUCUAUUGAAGAAUAUGAUAGAGAAUUACGCCAUGAAUGUGGUGUAUUUGGAUGUGUUGCUUCAGGGCCUUGGCCUACCAAUACAGAUGUUUCCCAAGUUAUUUGUCUUGGAUUGUUAGCUUUACAGCAUCGGGGACAAGAAAGUGCUGGUAUUGCAAUGAGUGUAGGAGACAAUCAUACUCAGUUCAAUGUUAAAAAAGGAAUGGGUUUGGUUAGCAAUCUUUUUAAUGAUGAUGCUGUUAAAAAACUUAAAGGAAAUCUUGGUAUUGGCCAUACAAGGUACUCUACAAGUGCUGGUUCUGAGGAAAUAAAUUGUCAACCAUUUGUGGUUCAUUCUGCUCAUGGUGCUCUAGCUGUAGCCCAUAAUGGAGAAUUAUUUAAUGCCGGAAAAUUAAGACGAAUGGUACUAGCAAGAGGAGUUGGUCUUUCUACUCAUUCAGACAGUGAAUUAAUUACUCAAGCACUUUGCUUAAAUCCUCCAGAAAUUGAAAUUGAUGGUCCUGAUUGGCCUGCCCGUAUAAGACAUUUUAUGGAGCUAACCAGAUUGUCUUAUUCACUUGUUAUAAUGGAAAAAGAUAGAAUUUUUGGUGUUAGAGACCCUUAUGGUAAUAGACCUUUAUGUAUUGGCAAGUUAAUGUCAUUAACACAAUCUGAUAAAGAAGAAGGCUGGGUUGUUUCAUCUGAAUCUUGUGGGUUUUUAUCGAUUGGAGCUCGUUAUAUAAGAGAUGUGUAUCCUGGAGAAAUAGUUGAAUUAACAAGAGAAGGCUUUCAAACAGUGUCUAUUAUGAAUAGACCAGAUAAUCGUCCUCAAGCUUUUUGUAUAUUUGAGUAUGUUUAUUUUGCCAGACCUGAUACUAUUUAUGAAGGUCAAAUGGUAUAUUCAGUUCGUUUAAGAUGUGGAAAAAUGUUAGCUAAAGAAAGUGUAGUAGAAGCUGAUAUUGUAAGCUCAGUUCCUGAGUCUGGAACAGCAGCUGCUCAUGGAUUUUCUAAUGAAUCCAAAAUUCCAUUUUCUGAAGUUUUAUACAAGAAUCGAUAUGUAGGUCGCACUUUUAUACAACCAAAUGCUCGUUUGAGGAAAUUAGGCGUUGCAAAAAAAUUUGGAGCAAUAGCAGAAAAUGUAGCUGGUAAAAGAGUGAUCCUCAUUGAUGAUUCUAUUGUGAGAGGAAAUACUAUGGGUCCAAUUAUAAAACUCUUAAGAGAUGCGGGUGCUAAAGAAGUACAUAUUCGUGUAGCUUCUCCGCCUCUAAAAUAUACUUGCAACAUGGGUAUUAAUAUACCUACUAAAGAUGAGCUCAUUGCCAAUCAAAUGACAAAUGAGCAAUUAACCAAACAUAUAGGAGCUGAUAGUUUGGCAUAUUUAUCAGUAGAAGGUCUAAAAGCAGCAGUAAUUGAUAAAAUGCCAAAUAAAAAUUCAAUAGAAGUUGGACAUUGUACAGCUUGUCUUACAGGUGAAUAUCCUGAAGAACUUUCAUUUUAAAUUAAAAAAACUUUUUAUUUUAAUAAAGUAUUAUUACAAAUUUAA